GACACCACAGAGGUUCUUGAUUUACUCCCUCUCUCCUUCAUCCACACUCUUGCUCUUGCUCCCCUCUCCACCCCCCUCCUCGUCUUCCUCUCUCUCCAUCUCCAUCUCCAUCUCCAUCUCCAUCUCCAUCUCCAUCUCCAUCUCCAUCUCCAUCUCCAUCGCUAUCUCCAUCGCUAUCUCCCUCUCCUCCUCUUGCUCCUCCUCUCACAUCAACUCCUGCAGCGUAUCUAGGGGGAUGAAGCAAGCCGAUCUUUUCUUCGAUGACGGCAGCGUCUCGUUAUCGAUCUCCAUGCCCGAAGAUCCUUCCAAGGUAUUGCAAACCCCGUCGUCCUCGUCGCCACUUGCUCCUCCUCCUCCCCUCCUCCUACUUUCAUGCUGCCUCGUUGCUGUGAUGAGCUCCUUUCCUUCGUCCUUCUCCACUUGCUGUUGAGCCCAUGAGUUGUGCCCCUGGGUGCUCCGGUCUGCGCUUGCUCCUGGUCCUGCUCUACUCACUUGAGAACCAGCUGCUGGACGAUGCCCUUGAUGAGCUCGAGCUCCUCGGUCUUAUCACGAGACCGCAAACUUGGUUGCUGACCAACAGCAGGAGGCAACUCUGACGAGUACAUCCCCUACUGGGUCCAGGCAUUCGUCUCUCCACUCCACUCCCGCGCAGUCUCACCCUCCUUUCUCAGCUCUGGCCGUCUGCCUUCGUGCUAGCCAACGAGGUC